UCUCAGUUUCUGUGAGUCCUGCUUGCUGUAGGCUACAGAAUGAGCGCAGUUGCUUUCCUCUCAGUCUGAGGGGCAACUGUUUUUUUUUUUCUUUUUCUUUACUUUUUUUUUUUUUUUUUUUUUUUUUUUUUAGUUUUUCCUUCCUCUCCUGUGCCAGACAUCAAUAGGGAUCACUGCAGAUCUGUUUCUUUUUCCUCGGCGUACAUUUUUCGGACCCCUCUCCCACUCCUGUGUUAUUAUUUUUGUGCCUGGGAAGUACCAUGCCGGUGGUUGGCGUAGCCUCCAAGCUCAGGCAACCUUCCGCCGUGGGCUCCAAGCCAGUGCAUACUGCUCUUCCCAUCCCCAGCGCGGUCAGAGCAGCCACCUCGCAGGGCUACAUGGCCCGGCAGCAGGAGCUCAGGGCAGGUGAGGGCGCCCCGCCGGGGCUCUCCUGCCAGCUGUCAAUCAAGUCCGAGUACCAGCAGGAGAGGACACCUGAAGGGAAGUCCAGAGCCGAGACAGAGGAGAGCAAGAUCUGCAAGAUUUACACAGACUGGGCCAAUCACUACCUGGCCAAGUCUGGCUGUCAGCGCCUCAUCAAGGACCUGAGCCAGGACGUCACCGAUGGAGUCCUGCUGGCACAGAUCAUCCAGAUCAUAGCAAAUGAGAAGGUGGAGGAUAUCAAUGGCAGCCCCAGGAGCCAGUCGCAAAUGAUCGAGAAUGUGGACGCCUGCCUCAGUUUCCUGGACGCCAGAGGAGUGAAUGUACAAGGGCUCUCAGCAGAAGAGAUCAGGAAUGGCAACCUAAAAAGCAUCCUGGGCCUCUUCUUCAUCCUGUCGCGCUACAAGCAGCAGCAACAGCAACAGCAGCAGUACUACCAGUCCUUGGUGGAGCUCAGCCAGCAGACCAGCAGCACCGCACCGUCCGCCAGCAGCCUCAAGACACAAGAGAUGCAGUCCAGUCUCACAGCACGAUAUGCAAGUCCUCCGGGCCACAGUGGAAUAGGGUCACCGCAGAAGAAAAACACAAGGUUACCAGGCCCCUCCAGAGUACCUGCUGCAGGCAGCGGGGCCUCCAGGAGCCCAGGCUUAUCCAACCUCAACCGUCGCAGCCAGAGCUUCAACAGCAUCGACAAGAGCAAGCCUCUUCAGUAUGCCAGUGGCAACGACAGAGAAACGGUGAGGGGUAUCCCAGUACCCGGCGGGAUGAAUGGGAGCGGUAUUGGUGGGACGGUUCCCACCAGUCUCAGCGGGCAGCAGCUGGCCUCUGCCAUCCCCUCACCCACCGCCGGCAAGUCCUGGCGCAGCAAGUCCAUGAACCUCAAGCACAGCGCCACUUCGUCCAUGCUGGCAAGCCCCACGCACUCACCCUCCCCCACCCUUUCACCCCAGGGCUCUGAAGGCCUUCAGCCACACGGAAGCGAUGGGUCAAAAGUAGGGUCAGCUGGCAGCGGCGGACCCCAGAGGUCCAUGCUGGAGAAGUUCCGCCUGAUUAACCCUAGAUCGGCUUCGCGAGCGUCGCCGUCUGUGGCAGAGAUGGCUCUGCAGGAGGAGGAUGACCUGUCAGAGUAUGGUGAGGAUGGAUUGACGCCCACGGGGUCGGUGUGUAGCAGCAGCAGUAGCAGUGCUACGGCCAAGCAAAUGUCUACCAAGACCUCAGCAUCGUCCCUCAUUGCACCGAGCAAGACUUCCUCUUCUUCCUCUCCUUCCUCAUUUUCAAAAGCAUCCAGCAGCAGGUCCAUGGCCUCUUCUAAAGACAAGGAGGACAAAAGCAGAUCUGGGAAAUCUUCUAAGGACAGCUCUCCACCCAAAGAGGAGAGAGAGUCUUUUGCUGACCCCAACAAGAAGUCCUCCAAAAUUGCCAGCCUCAUCCCCAAGGGAGGGAAGCCAUCAUCUGGAAAGAAAGAUGGCGGCACCCCCUCGGCUUCUAGCGGCAUCCCUAAGCCAGGACUCAAAGCUCCCUCCACCACGACGUCCAAGUCUCAGAGUCAGUCACAGAGCCAAAGCCAGGCCACCUUGAACAGCAGUGGCAACAUGCGGGGUGGAGAGGGGGAAAGAGCUAAGCUCACGAAAGGAGGGCAGGGUGGGAGUUUCUACAUACAGCGCUCCAGUGGGGGCCAGGAGGGCAAAAGGACCAGCAUGACCUCCUCCACCAGCACCUCAGCCCUUUCUGGGUCCAGUGGGAUGCUGGGAGGAGGAGGAGGAGGGGGUGGAGGAGGAGGUGGAGCGCUUGGAGGGAACGGAGUAGUUCAACUUCCUCAGCAGCAGCAGCACAACCACCCCAAUACUGCCACUGUGGCCCCCUUCAUGUACAGGACUUUCUCAGAAAACGACUGCACCAUGGUGGCCCCAGCAGACCCCUGCCUCAGCCCCACCAAGGGAGAGCUGGUCUACAGCAAGACAGCCAAACAGUGCCUGGAGGAGAUAUCAGGAGAGGAUCCUGAGACAAGACGCAUGAGGACGGUGAAGAACAUCGCUGACCUGCGGCAGAACCUGGAAGAAACCAUGUCCAGUCUACGGGGGACACAGAUCAGCCACAGCACACUAGAAACAACCUUCGACACCACGGUAACCACUGAGGUCAAUGGGCGAAGUCUACCAGCCCUCACUUCACGCUCCUCCCCCAUGGCCUGGCGUCUGGGCCAAACACAAACCCCGCGUCUCCAGGCAGGCGAAGCCCCCUCAAUGCCCAGCAGCUACGCUGCGCCCAGGGCGAGCACGACGAGCGCUGGCACCACCACGGGGCGCUACAGCGGCCACUCGGACCCCUCCAGGUUUGUGUUCAGUGCCCCCCUGAGGCGAGCAGCCGUGGCAGCAGGGGCGAGGGGGGCGGAGCAGGGGGAGAAGGGAGGAGGAGGGCUGGAAGGAGGGAAGCAGAUGGAGAUGGCAGGGUACAUGAGUGAUGGGGACAUCCUAGGGAGGAACGGCCGGAUGGAUGAUAUCACCAGCGGAUACCUUACAGACGGUGGCCUCCAUCUGUAUGCGCGGAACACAGGCCGAGCCUCAGACGCGGCUUCUUCUCGAGAAGUAUCCCAGAGAGGGAGCAAAGAGAUGCAGGGCGACAUAGACAGUUGGGACGACAGCAGCUCGGUGAGCAGCGGCCUGAGCGACACAUUGGACAACAUCAGCACUGAUGAUCUGAACACACCCGCCUACUCUGCUGUCAGUUCAUCACGCAAAAGCAAGGGAGCCCAGUCCCAGAAAGGAGGCAGGUCCAAGCAUGCAGAGCAGGAGGUGAGCAGCAGCUGGGCCGGAGCCGAGGACCUGAAGAAGGUGGAGGAGGAGCUGGACGCAAGCAUGGACCCCAGCAGCGGCUCCUCCCGGUGGAAGCCUUCCUCAUCCUCCUCUUCCUCUCAAGCCCAGGGCUCGUACGAGGAUGCCGGUCAGAAGGCCGCUGCGCUGGCCCAGAUGUCCCAGACGGGUUCGUGGAGGAGGGGCAUGACGGCCCAGGUGGGCAUCACGCCACCCAGGACCAAGGGCACCUCUGCUGCUCACAAAACACCAGGCAAAACUGAUGAUGCCAAGGCCUCCGAGAAGGGCAAGGCGCCUUCCAAGAGUUCAGCUGCCAUCCAGCGCUCCCCCUCAGAUGCUGGGAAGAGUAGUGGAGAUGAAGGUAAGAAACCUCCCUCCGGCAUUGGACGCCCACCCACCACUGCUUCUUUUGGAUACAAGAAGAUCCCGGGUCCCAGUGGUACCCUAAUCACCUCCAGUGGUGCAACGCUCGCCAGCGGCUCAGCCACCCUGGGCAAGGCGCCCAAAUCCUCAGCUGCCCUCAGCAAAGGCACAGGCAUCGGUGGUGUGCGUAAGACCAGCCUGGAUGGCUCACAGCCCCAGGAUGACGGCAUCCUACUCAGCUGCAGUGGCUCCAAAGUAACCCUGCAGUACCGCUCCCUACCCAGACCCGCUAAAUCCUCCAGUGGGGUGGCAGCAGGGCGCAGCGGGCAUCGCUCCAGCUCCAGCAGCAUCGACUCAAAUGUCAGUGGCAAGUCAGCUGGAGGAGCAGCAACGCAAGCAGGUGCCAAACGCAGGGAUGGAAAAGUUGGCUCAGACCGUUCCAGUCCCAUCACCAUCAACCAGACAGACAAGGAGAAAGUGGCGGUGUCAGACCAGGACACCACCGCAGGACUGUCCACCUCCCCCAAGUCCAGCCCCACCUCCAGUUCAGCAGGCCAGUCCGGCCUCAGGCAGCCGGGCUCCAAGUACCCCGAUAUUGCUUCUCCCACGUUCCGCAGAUUGUUUGGCACCAAAGCCAGCAGCAAGGCCAGCUCUCCGGGCACUCCCGACUCUGGCAAGUGCCCGUCAAUACUGGGCAGCCCCCACGGCACGCUGGCGAGGCAGGCCAGUCUGGACUCGCCCUCCUCUGGCACAGGGAGCCUGGGCAGCGCUGGCGGCCUGAGCGGUGGCAGCAGCCCACUGUACGGUAAAACCCCAGACCUGUGCACCGACUCCCCGGCCUCCAGCCCGGCCUCUGGCCUCUCCCUGCCUUCCAACGCUCGGCCCUGGCCUGCCUGUAGCUCGUCAGCUGGCAGCAAGGACACACUGAGCUGCCAAAGCAUGACCAGUCUGCACACCAGCUCUGAGUCCAUUGAUCUGCCACUGGGCCACCACGGGCCCAAGGUUACACGAACCGGCAGUGUCAAGUCCACCCUGUCUGAGGGCAUGCCUCUUGACAGAAACACGCUUCCCAAAAAGGGACUGAGGUACCCGCCAUCCUCCCGGCAGACGUCCCAUGAGGAAGGGAAGGAGUGGUUGAGGUCCCAUUCAACAGGGGGACUUCAGGACACAGGCAGCCAGUCCCCACUGUCACCCCCUGGAGCUUCCUGCACCACCACUGGAAAAUACCACUACUCCAACCUGCUGAGCCCCACGAACAUCAGCCAGUAUAACCUGCCACCAGGCAGCAGCAGCAUGAGCCGCUCCAACAGCAUCCCCGCCCAGGACUCCUUUGACCUUUACGGAGAGGGUCACCCACUGGGUGGCAGCGCAACAUCCCUGGAGGACAGACCACGGGCCAUCAGCCGCUCCGGCUCCUUCAGGGACAGCACCGACGAAGUUCAUGGCUCUUCAUUAUCUCUGGUCUCCAGCACGUCUUCACUGUACUCUGCGACGGAGGAGAAAGCACAUUCAGAGGGCCAAACAGUCCAAAAUUCCACGCAAAUCAGAAAGCUGCGUCGGGAGCUGGACGCCUCUCAGGAGAAGGUGGCAACCCUGACGUCUCAGCUGUCUGCCAAUGCUCACCUGGUUGCAGCCUUCGAGAAGAGCCUGAGUAACAUGACCUGCCGCCUGCAGAGCCUCACCAUGACCGCUGAACAAAAGGAGUCUGAGUUGGUUGAGUUGAGAGAGACAAUAGAGACGCUGAAGACACAGAACACUGAUGCCCAGACAGCCAUCCAGGUGGCGCUCAACGGCCCUGACCACCUGCACAAAGACCUACGUAUUAGACGACAGCACUCAUCAGAAAGCAUGUCCAGCAUCAACAGUGCAGCCAGUCACUCCAGCAUGGGCAGUCUGGGCAAGGACGCCGAAGACAAAAAGAAGAAGAAGAAGAGCUGGGUGGCUGAUUCCAUCCCAGCUCAGUUGCGCAGCUCCUUCAAGCAGGCGUUCAGCAAGAAGAAAACCAAAUCCCAGUCGGCCCAUGACGAGAUGGAGGAGAUGACCGACUCGCUGCCGUCCUCGCCCAAAUUGCAGCACGAUAACAGGCAAGGCAGCAUUGCCACGCUGCAUUCUUCACCCUCCACCACAGACAAGUGCAUUUGCGAUAGCAAGUCCUCCCCCAUUUGGACGCCAAAGAAAAAGCUUAACGGCCAUGUGGUCUACAAGCACAGAUCUCGGCUGUGCGAAUGCACCGAAGCCGAGGCGGAAAUCAUCCUCCAGCUGAAGAACGAGCUGAGGGAGAAGGAGCUCAAGUUGACAGAUAUUCGCCUGGAGGCGCUUAGCUCCGCCCACCACCUGGACCAGAUCCGAGAGGCCAUGAAUCGCAUGCAGAACGAAAUCGAGGCACUGAAAGCGGAGAACGAUCGUCUCAAGUCCAGCGGUAACGCCACGCCGACAGCCACGCCCGUCAAGACGGCCCGGCCGCCCUCUGAGACCUCCAGCACGUCCUCGUCCUCCUCCCGUCAGUCCUUGGGGCUGUCACUAAACAACCUCAACAUCACUGACACCAUCAUGUCAGAUAUUCUGCUCGAUGAUGGCUACGAGGGCAAUCUACGCAAAGAGGGCCGCAGUGUGCGAAUAGUGGUUACCAUCAGCAGUGGGCCAUAUAGCACCAAGGGUACACAAAGCCAGGCGUACCUGAUUGGGUCUAUAGGUGUGAGUGGGAAAACCAAGUGGGACGUCCUGGAUGGGGUCAUCCGACGCCUCUUUAAGGAGUACGUGUUUCGAGUGGACCCUCUGACCAGCCUGGGUCUCAGCUCAGACAGCAUCGUCUGCUACAGGAUGGGUGAGGUGGUUCGUUCCCACGCCUCCGAAGUGCCUGAGCUGUUGCCCUGCGGCUACCUGGUGGGCGACAACAACGUCAUCAAGGUCAACCUCAAAGGUGUGAAGGAGAACAGUAUAGACAGCCUUGUGUUUGACACGCUGAUUCCGAAGCCCAUCAUCCAGCGGUACCUCAACCUGUUGAUGGAGCAUCGUCGUAUCAUCCUCUCAGGACCCAGCGGCACCGGCAAGUCCUUCCUGGCUGCCAAGCUGGCUGAGUACAUCAUUUCCCAGAUGGGGCAGCAGGUGACGGAGCACAACGUGGCCAGCUUCAACGUGGACCAGAAUUCCAGCAAGGACCUGCGUCAGUACCUGUCCAACCUGGCAGAACAGUGCAACUCUGAGGACACAGACAUGGAGCUCCCCACUGUGGUGAUCCUGGACAACCUCCACCAUAUCGGCUCCCUCAGUGACAUAUUCAACGGCUUCCUCAACUGCAAGUACCACAAAUGCCCUUAUGUUAUCGGGACCAUGAACCAGGGAGUAUCGUCUUCUCCUAACCUCGAGCUACACCACAACUUCAGGUGGGUGCUGUGCACCAACCACACCGAGCCGGUCAAAGGUUUCCUGGGCCGUUUCCUGCGGCGGAAGCUGAUAGAGACGGAGAUCGAUAAGAACAUGCGCAGCAAUGACCUGAUUAAGAUCAUCGACUGGAUCCCCAAGACCUGGCAGCACCUCAACACCUUCCUGGAGGCACACAGCUCCUCUGACGUCACCAUAGGCCCCCGUCUGUUCCUGUCGUGUCCCUUGGAUGUAGAAGGAUCUCGGGUUUGGUUCACUGACCUAUGGAACUACUCCCUGGUGCCCUACCUGCUGGAGGCUGUCAGGGAGGGGCUUCAGCUCUACGGCAAAAGAGCAGCAUGGGAGGAUCCAUCCAAGUGGGUGAACGACACAUAUCCAUGGAACGCCGCCUCGCUGCAGCAGGACGGCCAGUCGCUGCUGCAACUGAGGCCGGAGGACGUGGGAUACGACGGCUACAGCUCAUCCAAGGAGGGAGCCUCGUCCAAGCAGGUGUCUCAGAGCGACACUGAGGGAGACCCACUGAUGAACAUGCUGCUACGGCUGCAGGAAGCAGCUAACUACUCCAGCACGCAAAGCUGCGACAGCGACAGCACCAGUCACCAUGACGACCAGCUGGACUCCUCGCUGGAGUCGGCGCUAUGAGACGAAGAGCUGCGCUGGGAGACACCGGACCCCUUGAACCUGGGAACCUGGGAACCUCUGAACCUCGGUCACUACCAGACACCCCCUAUAGUGCACAGAUACAUAAUAUAUGAAAAGUUUUAUUAUCAAAAUGGUAUACCUGCCAUUUGAUAGAAUAUUUUUACAUUACAAUGGUGCAAUAUUAAAUCAGAUUAUUGUAUGUUUUAAAGAGCAGCCAACUUGGUCCUCAGUGAUCAACGUGAUAAACAAUCAUACAAGUUGGAUCCGUUAUAUUUUAAGCACAUAAUUAAGCUCAGCUAGUCAUUUAAUGGAUGUAUAACAUUUUAGAAUACAACUUUUCAUAUGUGUGUAGGCGGGAUGUGUCUGACAAGGGACAGUAGUUCCUUUUGAAGUUGACUUCCAAGGAGUAAAUCACAUUGUGCUCACUCACGAUGAGCCACAGAUCACCCCGUAAUUUUAACAUGGGGUGUCAAUCUCUGAAGUGUCAGAAAAAAAGAGAAAGCCAAGAGUUUAAACUGGAUUUUUCUUUUUCUUUUUCUUUUUUUUAAAUCCCAGAUAUAUCUUCAGAUGUUUACAAUGGGGGGAGAUGGGUUCUGUUGUUUAUGUCUUUCCUUGUUUACAGAGGUGCUUCUCACACAGACACACACACACUCAUGCACUUACACAGGCAGCAGGAGGACACUGUCCUCUAAUCAGAGGCUUCGAUUGGUUCAAGCCCCCAUGUGACCAACAAUCCAGCCUGCCAAAGUGUCCUUGAGCAAGGCACUAUUUAUACCACCCUGGGACCCCCAUCUCUGACCCCACCUAUUGAGGGAUUGUUGAGUGUUUUCAGGUGAUGUAAUGCCCUCUGGUGGUCACAAUGGAGGUUUUCAGCUGUUAGAAAACUGGUUCUAAACAGAUUUUCUUUACACACAAAUCACAAACUUCUCCGUCUCCUUGUUUACCACUAUAUCACCUUAUUUGGGUGUCUUUGCCUUUUCUGAACAUAAGGACAAUUCUGCGCCUCCAUGAUGGCACCAGACGUGGUUGAUUUAAAAACAUUUGCAAAGCCUCUGCAGCCCAAUUAGGAUCACAAGAAUUACAUUUUCAUAACGGCGCACAACCCUCCUGCUCAGUCGUCAGUUGAGCUUCAUGGUGCUGGUCUCCUGCCCUGAGCCUCCUCAGUGUCAGGCACUGCCAAGCCGCUCCUCGCUGCCCUGCAUGCCAACAACAAGCACAACGAAAGCCCAUUGUCUGUGUGUCAUCCAGCCACAUUGCUACUGUGAAGAAAAAAAUGGACAAGUGCCAAUGUUUCCCUUUGAUUUACUGCCAAAUGUAGACACGCGCACACACAAACACAACCAUACACACACAGAGACUUAACAUCACAACACACAGCCGAACAUGGUUGUAAACUUAGAUUAAGUUGUUCUUGGCCUUCCACGCUCCACAGCCUGUUGUCACUCCAUAGCUUACAAUGCACCAUGAGAGCAGCAGGCAGCGCCUUCUGUGGGUCCCCACAGAACUGUCUGUAUUGACCGUUUGCUAAACACCUCCCUUAAACAGUGACUGUCCAGUCAUUAGCAACUGUAACUCAGCAUCUCUGUCAGGCUUUCUCCACGUGUUACAGUGGCAUGCAGAGAGAUGCAGUUCGUAGAUACUCAGCAUUUACAGAGUUCUGAGGGUUAGUUGCAAAUGUUAGCAUGAUUGGCUAAUUAGCUUACCACCUACAGUAGUAACUGAGCAUAACCUGCUCUUUAUUUAAUUUAUGGAGGUUUAAACUCCAGCAACCCCAGCCAGUAUAACCCUGAGACUGAUAGUGUUUGCUAAACACAUAGGUUAGUUCUCACCCCAAAUGCCUUUUCAUGACAGUGCCCCAUGACAAGGCCAAAUGCCCUAUCUUAUAGUGUCAAUGAAAGUCAAAAAUAAUGCUCGAAUCUACCAUAGAUGUUAGAACUGGAUACAGUGAUGGAGGCAGGACCCUGUUCAUUCCUAGUAAAGUUGCUUAGUGGCACAUAAAGCCAAAUAAACCUCGAUUUCCGUGGUUUCCAUGCCGCCCAUAGAGCAAGCGCGCUAGCGACUUACGGCCGAGUGUCUGACUUCCGCCAGCCAAGCAGCUGACUUCCGGUUUAGCCCUCGGCAAAAGUAUCUUGCGGCUCUAGACUUUAGAAAUGUUAUUGGACUAGUUCAGAUAGUGAAUUGAUGUCAUUUCGCAGUGGUUGUGUUGCUGAAAAAAAAACAUCCACUGAUUUGCAGACGUCUCUUUCACAGUGUAAGUCAAUGGGGGGGGAAGUAUUUUGGGGCUCAGUGUUGUCACAUGACAGACCCAGAAAUUGUAAUUCCACAAUUGGCCAGUAUGAAAAUUGGCUUCAAUGCCCGACACUGUUCCUGCGGGUUCAGUAUCUGUCCCGUGAUUCAAAUCUGCUCCAAACUUUAAUGGGUUCUUCCUUGGCCCAUGUUACAUCCUUCCAACAAGUUAAAGUUAAAAAUAGGGUCAGAGUUUCUUUCAUAAGCCUGCCGAUGAACAAACAGACCACCCAAAUGAAGACAUAACGUCCUUGAUUGAGAUAGAUAUGAAUAAGUAUGCUAGCUAAGCAACUAAACAGAUUUAUGUUAUAGUCUAAUCUUACUAGAUUAACAAGCUAAGUCUGUACUGCAAUACAAGAAAAAUGCUGUUUUUGUUAAGCUCCAUUAGCCUCAGUCUUUCAGCCCGUUACCAUGUAUGAAGCGCACAUUAAAGACCUAUUUCAAGAUUAUUGUUUUAAAACAAGACAUACGCAAAUAUUAAGCCCAUGGAACUAACGUUAGCUUAAUUAGCUAGCUAGCUGCAGCUAAUAAAAUGUUGAGUGGCUAAUAUACUAUCAGUAUUAUUAUGAACUCAUGCGGAGGUGUGAGAAUGGAAAGCCUGACAGAUGAAGCAACAGGCUUAGCGAACGGUCACUUGCAAAUAGCUGAAUUCUUAUGACAUUUGUGUUAACCUGCAUGGAGAACCAAGUAGGUGGGGUUUGCUGCAACAUUCAGAAGGUAAACAGUAAAAUUCAGGAGAGCAGUAAACUGACUUUGAAAAUGUCAAGGCCUUUACUUCAACAGAUAUGAAUCAGAGCUGAUCAAUCAACAAAUUAAUACUGAAUUGAAUGAUGCAAGGUGACAAGGUGUCCUGUCUGGAACUCAUUUGAUAGUCUUGUUCAGCAUCUGCACCCAUCUGGUAUCCAUGAGGUACCAAAAAAGAAUCCAAAGUAUUUUGAAAUGCAAGUGAACCAGAUCGGCCCAAGAGCUGAGAAAGGGAACAAUGAUACUGGUGCUUUCUCACUGCCUUAAAUGUGCAAAAGUCUGGGAGGCAUCCUCUGCUCCCGAGUGAGAAGAAGAGACGUUAAUGUCAGACGAUGAUGAUGAUCUGCUUCCUGCUACGUUAAAGAAGCUGCUUGUAGUCGGAAAAACAGCCUCUUUUUGUUUUUUGUUUUCUUGCUCCCUCUUCCUCCAAACCGCCCUUUCUUGUUUCUGACAGUUAAAGUAUAAAAUGCUGUAUUUGAAUUUAAAACUGACCAAUAUUGUAAAAACAUUUAAAAAAAGGGGUGGGGUAUUUUUUAGUUGUUGUUUUUUCGCCCAGUUGAGCUGGGCUCACUUGAACAGGAGCACAACCAAACUGUUUUGGGUUUUUUAGCCUGAUGAGCAUGUUUUGAAGCUUUUUAAAGGGGAUGCAUCGAGGAGAGACCUUUACCGUUACGUAUGCGUGUAUUGGACGGAAGCCAUUUUGAAUUUUGAUUGUCCUCUCUUUGUUUAACGAGUGGGUUGGUUUUGCACACUUUGAGGUUGGGGUGGGUUGUAAAUACUUAAGUCUUGCACAGUGAAUCAAAGAUGCAUUCUGCCCUGUUGAUGUUACAAUAUGCUUAACCCGCUGAGUAAAUUAUUGUACUUUGAAAACAGAGAGAAAAAAAAGAAAUGCAAAAACUCAACACGCUGUCAGAAACAGGUGUGUGUCUUGUGGUGAUUGGAUGUUUUGCCUAUGCAGGAGGCAUACGGUGUACAGUAAGAAACAGUUUUUAGCUCACAAAAAUCACAGACUGAGAAAAAAUAGGCACUUUUCCAGUAUCCCCCCUUCCUGCCAUAAUAUUCUCUGGAUCCUCUCCGUCUUUAGGAAUGCCCUGUUGUUCCUUAGAUGCACUUCCUCUCUGGACAUUUUCACCCAAGCUUACCGCCACGUUAGGCUUGCAAGCUGUCCGAGGCACCGAAGCUGACCUGACACCGUACUGUAUACAUCCAACAGGUGCUACUGGUCAGUCAAAACCCAUCAGAGACCAAGAAGUCAUGUUGUCACAACCUCAGGACAAUCCUAUCCUCUACAAUCCUACCUGUGUUCAGCUUCACAUGUGUCUCUGCAGCCAAGCCUCUGAUGGUUCACACAUGUAUCUGGCCAACUUGGUCGGCCUUGCGUCUGCAAGGGUGUUUAGUUGCAUGAUAAAGGGGUAGUUACCAUGGUAACAGGUUGCUCCUUACCUACAGUUACACCCGUGUAUCAAACCUGAGCUUAUAUCUCCCACAAUUCACCCUCUCAGCUACUCUACACUCCUGUUGUGGGCCAUGAGAAUCCCGAGCUAGCAGAACUUUGGCACCGUUAACAGUGUACACCAUAGUGUUGAUGAUCAGCUGGUCAUUUUUCCCCACUUUACACUUUGCAGUUACAUCUCAGUUGAAAACCAUAGCAUUUACUCUGGUUUGAGAGAAAGUUUUCUUCUUUUUGGGUGAAACAUUUGUCCUUAAAUGUUUUAUAUUUUGUACAUUUGUAUGUAACAUAUCAUGUAAAUAGACAGAGACAGUGAUUUAACUCAUCUGGAGGAUUUUGUAGUCUUUGUAAAGCCCUAAUAAAUGGUAUUUGGUGUCACACG